ACCAUGAAGUCUCCUAAUUACACUUACCUGGAUCCUGUUUUCUUCCUGGUGGGCAUCCCAGGUCUGGAGCAGUUCCACUUAUGGCUCUCACUCCCUGUGUGCUGCCUGUGCACAGCCACAAUUGUGGGCAACGUAACCAUCCUGGUUGUUGUUGCCACUGAACCAGUCCUGCACAAGCCUGUGUACCUGUUCCUGUGCAUGCUCUCCACCAUUGACUCGGCUGCCUCUUUCUCUACAGUCCCCAAGCUGCUGGCCAUCCUCUGGUGUGGAGCUGGGCACAUCUCUGCCUCUGCAUGCCUGGCACAGAUGUUUUUCAUUCAUGCUUUCUGCAUGAUGAUGGAGUCCACUAUGCUGCUGGCCAUGGCCUUUGAUCGUUAUGUGGCUAUUUGCCACCCACUCCACUAUGCCACUAUCCUCACUGACACCAUCAUUGUCCGCAUUGCAGUGGCAGCUAUGGUGCGGGGCUCCAUUCUCAUGCUCCCAUGUCCUUUCCUCAUUGGGCGUCUGAGCUUCUGCCAAAGCCAUGUGAUCCCACAUACGUACUGUGAGCACAUGGCCGUAGUGAAGCUAGCCUGUGGAGACACCAGGCCCAACCGUGUGUAUGGGCUGACAGCAGCACUGUUGGUCAUUGGGGUUGACUUGCUCUGCAUUGGUCUUUCCUAUGUCCUUAUUGCAUGAGCUGUUCUUUGUCUCUCAUCCCACGAAGCUCGGUCCAAGGCCCUGGGGACUUGUGGUUCCCAUGUCUGUGUUACCCUAAUCUCUUAUACACCAGCCCUCUUCUCCUUUUUUACCCAUAGUUUUGGUCAUCAUGUUCCACUCCAUAUUCACAUUCUUUUGGCCAAUGUUUAUCUGCUCUUCCAACCUGCUCUUAACCCUAUAGUAUAUGGAGCUAAGACCAAAGAAAUACGGGAAAGGGUUGUCAGGGUGUUUCAAAAGGGGCAUGGAACUGGGGUCAAGUCAUCUGAGUGAUCCAGGAGUACAGA